AUGUCUGCUCCUGACGUCGCCAACGAUCGUCCCGAAACAGGCCACUCGGCCGGGAAAAGCUCCUUGUCUAGCAAAUCGGACCCGAAUUCAGCCCUUCGAGGUGAAGAGGCCGUCUACAGCGUUGGCUCUACCGGAUUCUCUCUACGCUCGAUGCAGCAUCGCGAUCGCGAGGGCAAGGUGAUCACCGAACCCGACCUAUCCAACCCCACCCGAUACCGAUUCGAGCGACCACUAGAAACAAUCCGAUCAUUCGAGGCAGCUAUCGAACGUCGUCGGAGAGAGAAUAUGUGA